UAAGGUUUUCAGUGUAUACCACCUGUUUUCAUAUUGCAACAAUGAUGAGCAUUGCAUUCAUAUGGGCUGUUGUGGUGGGACUCUGCUGCUGCUUGUGGCUGGUUUUAGGGAUCCGCAGGAGGCAACCUGGAGAGCCAGCAGUGGAGAAUGGCUGGAUCCCAUAUCUUGGAUGUGCCCUCCAGUUUGGUGCCAACCCCCUAGAAUUCCUUCGCAGUCGGCAGAAGAAAUAUGGCCAUAUCUUCACUUGUAAGAUUGCUGGGGACUAUGUUCACUUCCUGUGUGAUCCUUUCUCCUAUCAUUCAGUCAUCCGCCAGGGCAGACACCUUGAUUGGAAGAAAUUCCACUUUAAUGCAUCCGUCAAGGCUUUUGGCCAUGAGAGCAUGGACCCAAGCCAUGGCUACACAACAGAAAACCUGCACCAGACCUUCCUGAAAACUCUACAGGGGGAAGCUCUGCCUUCACUCAUUGAGACUAUGAUGGAGAAUCUACAAACAGUCAUGCUACAGUCUGACACACUCAAGGUCACCACCUCCAACUGGGAGGUUGACGGUAUCUUUGCCUUCUGUUACAAGGUUAUGUUUGAGUCAGGUUACCUCACAUUGUUUGGAAAGGAGCUGGGAAAUGGUGACAAGAUCCAGGCUCACCAGGAUGCCCAGAAAGCCCUUGUGCUCAACGCCUUGGAGAACUUUAAAGAGUUUGACAAGAUCUUCCCAGCGCUGGUUGCUGGUCUGCCCAUCCAUGUAUUUAAGAGUGCACACAGUGCCCGUGAGAACUUAGCCAAGACCAUGCUUCGUGAAAAUCUGAGCAAGAGAGAAAAUAUGUCCGAUUUGAUUUCUCUUCGCAUGCUCCUCAACGACACCCUAUCCACAUUCAACGACAUCAGCAAGGCCCGCACCCAUGUGGCUCUGCUUUGGGCGUCUCAGGCCAACACCCUACCUGCCACCUUCUGGGCCCUCUUGUACAUGAUCAGGAGCCCUGAGGCUAUGAGAGCCGCUACUGCAGAGGUGAAGAGUAUCCUAGAAAGUUCCCACCAGAAAGCAGAUCCAAUGAACCCUCAGCUCGUUCUGACCAGAGAGCAACUGGACAAUAUGCCUGUCUUAGACAGUAUCAUCAAGGAAGCCAUGCGUCUGUCAAGUGCUUCUCUCAACGUUCGGGUUGCCAAGGAGGACUUCCUGCUCCACCUGGACAACAAAGAGUCCUACCAUAUACGCAAAGAUGAUGUGAUAGCACUCUAUCCACAGAUGCUUCAUUUUGAUCCUGAGAUCUACGAGGAUCCUUUGACCUACAAAUAUGACCGGUACUUGGAUGAAAAUGGACAGGAGAAAACAAACUUUUACAGAGAUGGACGCAAGCUCCGCUACUAUUAUAUGCCUUUCGGGUCUGGGGUAACUAAAUGCCCAGGACGGUUCUUUGCUAUGCAUGAAAUCAAGCAGUUCCUCUCGCUUUUGCUUGCAUAUUUUGAAAUGGAGCUGCUGGACUCUAGUGUUAAAGUCCCCCCACUUGACCAGUCACGAGCUGGUUUAGGAAUCCUCCAGCCAACAUAUGAUGUUGACUUCAGGUAUCGAUUGAAGUCUCAGUUUUGAGAGCAUGUUUUAAAUUAUUGUCUUUAAUGUAUAUUGAGAUUAUUUUUUUUACCACUGACUGAUAUGCAUAAGAAUAGAUUUUUGUUUAGAAAUAAGAAUUGUGUGUAAUCUGUAUACAGUAAAUGGUGCUGUUUGUGACAGCAGGCAUGUUUUUGAUUAUCUUGUGUUGUUAUCAGUAAUAUUUACUGCAUAUACUUUCCUGGUAGACUCCUAGAACACUGAAUGAUACUAAGCUUUCAUUACAGAAUGUCUGCCAAGGAAAUGACAGAAUCUGUACUGUACAAUCACUGUGAAUUGUGAAUUAUUUCUUAUUGCAAUCACAGAUGUAAAUAAGUCUUAAAUAUUCUGACCAAUACAUAAGUCUUAAAUAUUCUGAUGAAAUAACAUGUAAACUUGUCCCCAUCAUUAAAAUGAUGUUUUGUUUUGUA